GAAGGAUCCGCUUACAGUCUCGAGCCCCGUCGGCCAGCCAGCAGCAUCAGCAUGGAACUCCAACGCUUCAUACAGAAUCGCCUUUAUUGACAUUUGCGGGGAAAGCGGAGCUCCACACCACGCAAUGGAGAGUGCCAUCACGUUGUGGCAGUUCCUGCUCCAGCUGCUUCUGGACCAGAGUCACAAGCACCUCAUCUGCUGGACGUCCACUGAUGGAGAGUUCAAGCUGCUCCGGUCCGAGGAGGUGGCCAAGCUGUGGGGGCUGCGCAAGAACAAGACCAACAUGAACUACGACAAGCUUAGCCGGGCCCUGCGCUACUACUAUGACAAGAACAUCAUCAAGAAAGUGAUCGGCCAGAAGUUUGUCUACAAGUUCGUGUCGUUCCCGGAGAUCCUGAAGAUGGACCCGGCGGCCGUGGAGUUCGGGGGCUGCGGCGGCGGCGGCGGUGAGGACCCCGGCGCCGGGCUGUCGGAGGGGGAGGGGGGCGAGGAGGAGGAGGAGGGGGCGGGCUACGGGGGCCGCAACGGCUACCUCCACUCCGGCCUGUACUCCUCCUUCACCGUCAGCUCCCUGCAGCACUCGCCCCAGCGCCGCAGGGCCGUGAAGACGGAGCCCCGGGCGGACCCCUACGACGAGGGCCCCUCCUCGGUCAUACGCUUUGUCCCCAACCACGCCUCCUCUGGCAGGGGCCCCCCCCGCAGCCCCCCGCCCGCCCCCGGCGAGCUCUACCGCUCCUUCCACCCGUCCCCUCGGCAGGUCCGCACCCCCUCCUCCUCCUCCUCCCCCGCCUCCUCCCCCUCCCCGUCGACAAGCCCCGCCCUCAACCUGUGGCGGGGGCGGAGCCCGGCGCCAGAGACUGACCAAUGGGAGCAGAGCGUGCAGCCUCUGAAUCUGUCGUCGGGCCAGAGGGACCGGGAGCGGCUGCACGGCUUAGGGAUGAGCAACGCCUCCUCCAAGAGCCGCAAACCCAGAGCCCUGGAGAUCCUGGCCCCGCCCCUCCUGCUGACAGGAAGUGACAUCGGCUCCAUCGCGCUCAACAGCCCAGCGCUGCCCUCAGGCUCCUUGACCUCAGCGUUCUUUGCUGCACAGACUCCCUCAGGCCUGUUGUUCGCCCACAGUCCGCUCCUCUCUGGGCUCCAUUUCCGGGGCAGUCUGAGUCCCCUGGGGGCCCUCAGUCCUGCCCAUCUGCAUGGGCACACGCCACUGUUCCAGUUUCCAACGCUGGUGAACGGAACCUUCGCUCUGCCAAUGCCCACCUUGGACCACUCCCCCCACCUGCUCCUCUCCCACAGCCCCCACACGUCCUGAUCCCCCAUGGGCUCCGGGCCAAACACGGCCAGGCCAGGUCCAACCAGGUCGCCACAGGUGGAACCCGGCCACACCAGGCUGACCUGGCCAAACUGGGCUAAACCAAACCAAAGUUGGCCAAAGCAGGCUAAACCAGGUCAAACCUGGUUAAACCAGGUCAAACCAGGCUAAACGAGGCUCAAGAGGGCUAAACUAGGCCACACUAGCCCAAACAAGGCUAGACUGGGCCCUGCUAGCCUGGGUUAGGAUACAUUAGAGCUGAGUCCACUAGCCUUUAACACCUGCCCACUAUAAAAAAAAGACACUUAUAAAAGCACUCAUCUGUCUUUGGGCUGUGCCUUCGUCAUCAUCAUCAUCAUCGUCGUGGAAAUGCGUUUCAAUGCAUUAACUUCAAAGUGAAGAUUAAACCCAGGCUUCAUUUUGAGGCUCUCCUUCUGUGAGGAACUUUAAUUUUCAGUUAACUUUUCUAAGCGUUUACUGUCUUUUUUGUUUUUAUUUUUUUAUUCGGUCAUCUUAAAACGAGAACAUGUUUGUUAUCCAACACAAACAAUGUGUUGAAACAAUCUUUUCCAAAGUGGUCCCAGGCCCGAGUGAUUCCUAGGAUCCAAGCAGAUGACCUGCCAGACAGAGGGCCACACAUCAGAAUGUUCUGUGGUGGUUUUUUUGCAUCGCUUUGUGUAAAUGUAUUUGAGGCUGUGAAAUCGUCUUCUUUCUAGCCAUGUUCUUCUAUGUGUUUUCUUCUUUUUUUUUUUACUAUAACCUAUGCACUGCUUUCCUUGUUACUCUGUCUUGGCUGUGCCUCUUCAAAUGUAAGAAUUAUGUAAAUGUGUUCAAUCCAAAUAAUUUCCUAGACAAAACCCCAUGUCAAUAUUGCACAAAAGCUUUUUGUAAAACAGCUUUGGUUAUUUUUUAUAUAAAGGAAUUGAUUAAAAAAAAAGUAUUAAAAA